UUGCAGACAUUAAAUUCAUACGAUUUCAGGAAAGUCAUCAUAUGGGCGGAGAACAACGGACGCUGGCAGAAAUCGCACGAGUGGUCCGGUCAUGAAGCCAGCGUUCAUUCGGUUGCCUUCGCUCCCCAUGAAAUUGGCCUCCUUCUUGCGACUGCUUCAGCUGAUUGUAACAUAGGCAUCCUAGAAUUCAAUGCUCAAAGUGCCCAGUGGGUGGAUACGAAGAUUAUCAAAGCUCAUGAUCAGGGUGUCAAUGCCGUUUCUUGGUGUCCAGUACAACGAAUAGCUGGAGAUGGUGGUGAUCGGCCUUACCAGAAGAAAUUGGUUUCUUGUGGCAACGACAAUCUCGUCAAAAUUUGGGUCGUGGAUGAGAAAGGUGAAUGGACCGUAGAAAAAACCUUAAAAGGUCAUAGCGAUUUUGUUCGAGAUGUGGCCUGGUGCCCAGUGAUCAACCAUUCGACACACACAAUUGCAAGUUGCGGGCUGGUAAGUCUUAUUUAUAUAAGAAACUUGGCUUUCGAAUCUUACAAGUUAUUGGUUUUUUUAAUUUUACCACUACAGUCAUUGUACUUUGCAGUCUGUGUGACUUUUCCUCACUAUAACCCCUUUCUUUAA